AUGCCUGAUGUGGUGGCUGUGGCGAAGGACGGUGCGUCCCACAAAGCAUCGAAACAGUCACUGAUUAAAGUCACCAAGAAGCCGCCUAAGAAGCGGAGAAAAUCUCACAAGUAUUCUAUUCACGGGUACAGGUGCAUCACCUCCGAGGCUUCACACCUCAUUCACUACAACAAGUGCCACACCAUCUUGGCCAGGGAGAUCUGGAACGCCGUCCGCCUCAUGCUGCCAGGGGAAUUGGCCAAAUAUGCCAUCUCCGAAGGCACCAAAGCGGUCACCAAGUACACCAACUCAGUUUAG